AUUUUUUUCUCUAGAGAGAGAAAGUCGCCGAGAAGAGAUAAAAAGAGAGAGAGAGGGGGGGGGGGGGGGAGAGAGAAAAGGGGGAGAGAGAGAGCUCUUCCGGUUUCAUCCACUGGAACACGACGACUGAUCUCUCCGAUUACAUCUUCGGAGGUGGAGAUCGAAGACAGGCGGCCUCCAUGACGUCUCUCAGUAGGGAGCUGGUGUUCUUAAUCUUGCAGUUUCUCGAUGAAGAGAAGUUCAGAGAUACUGUUCACAAGCUCGAACAAGAAUCUGGGUUCUUCUUCAACAUGAAGCAUUUCGAAGAUGAGGUGCAAAACGGCAAUUGGGAUGAGGUCGAGAGGUACCUCUCUGGGUUCACAAAAGUGGACGAUAACCGUUAUUCCAUGAAAAUAUUCUUCGAAAUAAGGAAGCAGAAGUAUCUUGAGGCGCUGGAUAAGCAUGAUCGAGCCAAAGCUGUUGAUAUAUUGACAAAGGAUUUGAAGGUGUUUUCCACAUUUAAUGAGGAUCUUUUCAAGGAAAUUACGCAGCUGCUGACUCUGGAGAAUUUUAGGGAUAAUGAGCAACUAGCCAAGUAUGGAGACACGAAAUCUGCCAGGAUUAUUAUGUUGGGUGAGCUUAAGAAGCUUAUUGAAGCAAAUCCCUUGUUUCGAGAUAAAUUGCAGUUCCCUAACCUUAAGAACUCGAGGUUACGGACUCUCAUUAAUCAGAGCUUGAAUUGGCAGCAUCAACUCUGUAAAAACCCAAGGCCCAAUCCUGACAUAAAAACUUUAUUUGUGGACCACAGUUGUGGUCAACCUAAUGGUGCUAGGGCCCCAUCUCCUGCCAAUAACCCCCUUCUUGGAUCUUUACCUAAGGCUGGUGGUUUCCCUCCAUUGGGUGUUCAAGGGCCUUUUCAACCAGCACCAGCCUCUGUUCCUACACCCCUUGCUUGGAUGUCUAAUCCUCCUCCCAUGGCUCAUCCAGCAGUUUCAGGUGGUGGAGCUAUUGGUCUUGGUGCUCCAUCAAUGCCUGUUGCUUUGAAGCACCCGAGGACUCCUCCAACUAACCCCUCCGUAGACUUUCCUCUGGGGGAUUCAGAACAUGUUUCCAAGAGAAUGAGGCCCAUGGGACUACCUGAUGAGGCAAAUUUACCAGUGAAUGUGCUCCCUGUAACAUUUCCUGGCCAUAGUCAUCCUCCGGCCUUUAAUGCUCCUGAUGACUUACCCAAGAUCGUUGCACGAACUCUGAGUCAGGGGUCAUCCCCUAUGAGCAUGGAUUUUCAUCCUGUACAACAGACUCUACUCCUAGUUGGUACCAAUGUGGGGGAAAUAGCAUUGUGGGAAGUUGGUUCAAGGGAGCGACUCGUUUUAAGGAACUUCAAAGUCUGGGACCUUAGUGCAUGUUCGACUCAUCUACAGGCAGCUCUAGUAAAAGACCCCAGUAUUUCUGUGAAUCGCAUCAUUUGGAGCCCCGAUGGUUCACUAUUUGGAGUCGCGUACUCAAUGCACAUAGUACAGAUAUUUUCUUACAAUGGUGGAAGUGAUCUGCGGCAGCACCUCGAGAUGGAUGCUCACAAUGGUGGAGUGAAUGAUCUCGCAUUUGCCCAACCCAAUAAACAGCUUUGCGUGAUUACUUGUGGGGAUGACAAGACCAUCAAGGUUUGGGAUGCUUCUACUGGUGCAAAACAGUAUACAUUUGAAGGCCACGAGGCGCCUGUGUACUCCGUAUGCCCUCACUAUAAGGAGAACAUUCAGUUCAUCUUUUCAACGGCAGUGGAUGGAAAGAUAAAGGCGUGGCUCUAUGAUAAUGCGGGAUCUCGAGUCGAUUACGAUGCACCGGGUCGGUGGUGCACAACUAUGGCUUAUAGUGCUGAUGGUACUAGGCUGUUCUCAUGUGGAACGAGCAAGGAUGGCGAGUCAUAUCUUGUCGAGUGGAACGAGAGUGAAGGAGCUGUGAAGAGGACCUAUCAGGGAUUCAGGAAACGUUCUCCGGGUGUUGUCCAGUUUGAUACGACGAAGAGCCGAUAUUUGGCUGCAGGGGAUGAAUUUUCUAUUAAGUUUUGGGAUAUGGACAAUGUUCAGCUUUUGGCCACGGUUGAUGCUGAAGGGGGCCUAGUAGCUAGCUCAAGAAUCCGAUUCAACAAGGAUGGAAGUCUUUUGGCUGCUUCGGCCAAUGACAGUGUAAUAAAAAUUUUGGCGAAUUCAGAUGGUUUUAGGUUGCUAAGAACAUUUGAGAAUCUUCCAUUCGAGGCUUCAAGAACAUCGGAAGCGCUGACAAAGCAUACUUUUAUGCAGCCCAUGAUUGGUGGAAUGACAGCUGCGAUGGCUGGUGCUUCGGCCUCAAGCACAGGACUUGCAGAUAGAGCUACUUCAGCAAUUGCUAUUUCCGGAAUGAAUGGGGAUGCUCGAAGUUCAGGAGAUGUGAAACCGAAAAUUGCUGAAGAAAGCAAUGAUAAAUCAAAAGUUUGGAAGCUAACUGAGAUCAAUGAACCAUCUCAUUGUCGUUCAUUGAGGCUCCCUGAAAACUUGAACUUGCGAGUGGCCAAGAUAUCGAGGUUAAUCUAUACGAAUUCAGGGAAUGCUAUUUUGGCUCUAGCAUCUAAUGCUGCUCAUCUGUUAUGGAAAUGGCAGAGAAAUGACCGGAAUUCUACUGGCAAGGCAACUGCAAGCAUGCCACCUCAGCUGUGGCAACCUGCAAAUGGCACUCUGAUGACCAAUGAUACUGCUGAUAGUAACCAAGAUGAGGCUGUCCCCAGUUUUGCUUUGUCAAAAAAUGAUUCUUAUGUGAUGUCAGCUUCAGGGGGCAAGAUAUCACUAUUCAAUAUGAUGACUUUUAAGACCAUGACAACAUUCAUGGCACCACCACCAGCAGCAACAUUUCUUGCCUUCCACCCUCAAGAUAACAACAUUAUCGCCAUUGGGAUGGAUGAUUCUACUAUUCAGAUUUAUAACGUUCGUGUUGAUGAGGUCAAGAGCAAGCUUAGAGGUCACUCUAGAAGAAUAACUGGUCUUGCCUUCUCUCAUGUGCUGAAUGUUCUGGUUUCCUCUGGAGCAGAUGCCCAGAUAUGUGUGUGGAACUCCGAAGGGUGGGAAAAGAGGAAAAACACAUUCUUGCAAAUCCCAGCAGGGAAGCCACAAGCUGCACAGUCAGACACGAGAGUACAGUUCCAUCAGGACCAGAUACACUUUCUAGCUGUGCAUGAGACGCAGCUCGCUAUAUAUGAAACAACGAAACUUGAGUGCGUGAAGCAGUGGGCUCCGCGUGAAUCUAAUGCCCCGAUAACUCAUGCGACUUUCUCGUGCGAUAGCCAGCUAGUUUUUGCAAGCUUUGCAGAUGCAACCAUCUGUGUGUUCACUGCCUCUAAUCUUAGACCUCGUUGCCGCAUAAAUCCCUCUGCUUAUCUUCCUUCCAGCCUCAGCAAUUCUGGUGUGCAUCCACUGGUCAUUGCCGCACAUCCGCAAGAGCCAAAUCAGUUUGCUGUGGGACUUUCAGAUGGCAAAGUCCAUGUCUUUGAGCCUCUUGAAUCUGAAGCUAAAUGGGGGGUCCCUCAGCAUUUCGAGAACGGGUCAGCCAAUGGUGGGCCAACUGCUUCUGCAGCUGGGUCUUCAGGGCCCGAUCAGGCCCAAAGAUGAACUAAAGGCUGAACGAUGGGUGCAUCGAAUAGAAUCUGGUUAAGUUGGAUGCAUCUUUUAUAGAAUCUGGUUAAGUUGGAAUCAGCUCGGCCCAAUUUGCUGCCGCAGUGUCAACCGUUUCACUAUAUCUUCUCAUUAUGGUCCUGCCCUUGUCGAAACUAACAAGGAUCACUUGGAAAGGAGGUUCGUUCCUUUGACAUUGCAGAUGGAUUUUGUUGUUACGACUGUUUUAGGGGUGAGUUGGUGCGGAAGUUCUUUAGUCUGUCUGUUUAUAAAUGCGAAGGGAAAUUCUUUUGUCAUGUUUGUACAUAUUCCCCCAGUUCGACUCUUUUUAGUUAAAGAUCAGAUUCCAGACA